AUGGCUGCGUCUGCUGGGGACUUUGCAGCUCGCCCCGAUUUGCACGGGGAUCGGGAGCUUUCUGAGUGUUUUGCUCUGCCCAUUUGUUGCUCUCCUGGGAAAACUGCAGCCUACGAUGGGACAACGCCUUUUUUGAAGAGAACAUCAUUACAACGAAGGUUUCUCCUGUGUGCGUUCAUCAGCAAUGCCCUUUUUGAAGAGAACAUCAUUACAACGAGGAGAGGCAAAGUAAGGGGGGUGAGCGUGCAGGUGCUUGGGGGAACGGUGACAGCCUUCCUUGGGAUUCCCUACGCACAGCCGCCCAUCGGCAGGUUGAGGUUUCAAAAGCCAGAACCUCGUGAGAAGUGGUCAGAUGUCUGGGAUGCCACAAAACAUGCCAAAUCUUGCUACCAAUCUAUAGACAAUACUUUCCCUGGAUUUGCUGGAUCGGAGAUGUGGAAUCCCAAAACUAACCUAAGUGAAGACUGCUUAUAUCUUAAUGUAUGGAUUCCCUCUCCCAAAACCAAGAAUGCAUCUGUCAUGGUGUGGAUAUAUGGGGGAAGCUUUGAAAGUGGGUCAUCUUCCUUGCCUGUCUAUGAUGGUAAGUUUCUGGCUAGGGUGGAAAGAGUCAUCGUUGUUUCCAUGAAUUACAGGACUGGAGCACUAGGAUUUUUGGCUUUGCCAGGGAACCAGGAAGCUCCUGGAAAUGCAGGUUUAUUUGACCAAAGAUUAGCACUUCAGUGGAUCCAGGAGAACAUAGCAGCCUUUGGGGGCAAUCCAAGAAGCGUGACGAUAUUUGGAGAGAGCGCUGGCUCGGCGUCCGUCAGUUACCAUGUCCUUUCCCCUGGAAGCCAUCCUUUUUUCACGAGAGCCAUCAUGCAAAGUGGAUCUGCAAACUCCCCAUGGGCUGCAAUACCACCUUGGGAGGCCAGGAACAGGACUAUGGCUUUAGCUAAGCAUUUCCAAUGUCCUACCCACAACGAGACAGAGCUAAUCCUCUGCCUCCAAGACAAGGACCCCCAGGAUAUAGUGGACAGUGAAGCUUUUGCUGUCACAAGCGAUUCUCUUCUUAAAAUAUAUUUUUGUCCAACCGUAGAUGGUGAUUUUCUUUUGGACAUGCCAGAGAUACUGGUUGAAAAUGGCGUUUUUAAACAAACACAGAUCUUAGUCGGCGUCAACAAAGACGAAGGAACAAGUUUUUUAGUCUAUGGAACACCUGGCUUCAGCAAAGAUAAUGAUAGCUUGAUCAAUAAAACAGAAUUUCGAGCAGCUUUAAAAUAUGCCUUCCCAGAAGCAAGCCCACUUGCACUGGAAUCGAUCAUUUUUCAGUACACAGACUGGGAAAAUGAGCAGAAACCAGAACACUACCGUGAUGCCAUGGAUGACGUGGUUGGGGACUACAUUAUAAUAUGUCCCGUUGUGGAAUUCACCAAAAAAUUUGCUCAGUUGGGACACAAUGCAUUCUUCUACUUCUUCGAUCAUCGAUCCUCAAAGCUCCCAUGGCCGGAGUGGAUGGGGGUGAUGCACGGUUAUGAGAUCGAGUUUGUGUUUGGAUUACCCUUAGAAAGAAGAGUUAACUACACCAAGGCCGAAGAAGUCUUAAGUAGGUCCAUGCUGAGAUAUUGGGCAAGUUUUGCAAAAACGGGAACACCAAAUGCAACGCUGGCUAAUGGGACAAGAUGGCCAGUCUUCACAAGUACUGAACAAAAAUACUUCACUUUAAACACGGAACCUCCCAAGAUAUACACGAAAUUACGUGCUCAGCAGUGUCGAUUCUGGAACACGUUUUUCCCCAAAGUCCUGGAAAUGACAGGAAGUGUUGAUGAAGCAGAACUGGAGUGGAAAGCAGGAUUCCAUCGCUGGAGCAAUUACAUGUCGGACUGGAAAAAUCAAUUUAAUGAUUACACUAGCAAGAGGGAGAGAUGUACAGGUCUCUAACUAAUAUGUUUGCCCUUUCCAGUAUGCCUAUAUUGCUGUUGAUCAAGGCAAAUACACAGGUAUUUCUAACGCAUCAAUCAUAAAAUGUUAUGCAGA